GUUUACAGAGCCUGGUGCUGACCUAUGUCAAUGCCAUUAGAAGUGGAGAACUACCCUGCAUGGAGAAUGCUGUCCUGACUUUGGCCCAGAUAGAGAACUCAGCUGCAGUACAAAAGGCCAUUGAACACUAUGAAGAACAGAUGAAUCAGAAGGUUCACCUGCCCACAGAAACCCUCCAGGAGCUGCUGGACCUGCACAGGCCCAUUGAGAGUGAGGCCAUUGAGGUCUUCAUUAAGAAUUCUUUCAAGGAUGUAGAUCAAAAGUUCCAGAAGAAAUUAGGGGACCAGCUGGUAGCGAAGCGAGAUGCCUUUAUUAAGAAAAACAUGGAUGUGUCAUCAGCUCGUUGCUCAGAUUUGCUGGAGGAUAUUUUUGGGCCUCUGGAAGAAGAAGUCAAACAGGGGACAUUUUCUAAACCUGGUGGUUACUACCUCUUUCUUCAAAAGAAACAGGAGCUGGAGAAAAAGUAUAACCAGGCUCCUGGAAAGGGGCUCCAGGCAGAAGAGAUGCUGAAAAAGUACUUUGAGUCCAAAGAUGACGUGGCUGAAACUCUUCUAAAGACAGAUCAGUCACUCACAGAGGCAGCAAGGGAGAUUGAAGUGGAACGUAUAAAGGCUGAAGCUGCUGAAGCUACCAACAGAGACUUAGCAGAGAAGCAAAAGAAGUAUGAGCUGAUGAUGGCAGAGAAGGAAAAGAGUUACCAGGAGCAUGUGAAACAGCUCACUGAGAAGAUGCAGCAGGAACGGGAACAGCUCAUAGCAGAAAAUGAAAAAAUUAUAUCUCUCAAACUUAAGGAACAGGAACGGCUUCUCAAGGAAGGAUUUCAGAACGAGAGCAGAAAACUUCACCAAGAGAUCGAGAGCAUAAAAAAGAGCCAGUCCUCUGGGAAAUGCACCAUACUCUGAAGUUCUCAAGUUCGACUGUCUCUGACCAGCUACCUUUCAGCAAGGAAUAUGUUGAUGGAGAACCUUCAGGGUUUGAAGCAACUAUUAUGAAAUUAACUGAACUCAAUGCAAAUCACCUGUAACUCUAGUCUGUAGUCACUGUAUGACACUGGACAGUGUCAGAGGAGGUUCCUCUCUGUGCAGAAUGCAUGUAUGAAUCGAGGCUCUGCCUUCCAUGUUUUAGAGGUCCUCUUGACAUGCUCCAUAUCCAGAUCACACACAUUUCUCAUUUAUGUCUUAAAUUUUCCUCUUUUCUACUGUAUGGUGUCUACAAUCACAGUGCAGACAACUUUUAAUUAACUUUCAAAAUGAAUUCCUUUUCAUUUCUUAAUGAUUCUGAUUUUUUAUUAGUCCUUCAAAAACUAAACCCCACCCCUAACCCCCUUUAUCUCUCUGCUUGAAGUUUCUCAGCAUACAUAUCUUGCACAAGUUAAUAAAAAGAAUCAGGCCAAUGUAA